CCGGGCGACCCAGCGCGCACGCGCCGCCGUCAUGCUGAGUGCAGCGUUUCGCGCCGUGCCCCGCGCCGCGAUCCCCUGUGCGCGUCGCUCGCUCGCCAUGGCCCCGCCGCGGGCCGCCUCGGGGGCCCCGGCGCGGCCUGUCACUGUGCUGGGCACCAUGGAGAUGGGGCGCCGCAUGGACGCGCCCUCCAGCGCGGUGACCGUGCGCGCUUUCCUGGAACGCGGCCACACCCAGUUGGACACGGCCUUCAUGUACAGCGACGGCCAGUCUGAGAGCAUCCUGGGCGGCCUUGGGCUCGGGCUGGGCGGCAGCGGCUGCAGAGUGAAAAUUGCUACCAAGGCCAACCCUUGGGAUGGAAAUUCAUUGAAGCCUGACAGUCUCCGGUCCCAGCUGGAGACGUCACUGAAGAGGCUGCAGUGCCCUCGAGUGGACCUCUUCUACCUGCAUGCCCCUGACCAUGGCACCCCAAUAGAAGAGACACUGCGUGCCUGCCACCAGCUCCAUCAAGAGGGCAAGUUUGUGGAGCUUGGCCUCUCCAAUUAUGCUGCCUGGCAGGUGGCUGAGAUCUAUACCCUCUGCAAGAACAACGGCUGGAUCCUGCCAACUGUGUAUCAGGGCAUGUACAACGCCACCACCCGGCAGGUGGAAACGGAGCUCUUCCCCUGUCUCAGGCACUUUGGACUGAGGUUCUACGCCUACAACCCUUUGGCUGGGGGCCUGCUGACUGGCAAGUACAAGUAUGAGGACAAGGAUGGGAAGCAACCAGCCGGCCGCUUCUUUGGGAAUAACUGGGCUGAGACCUACAGGAAUCGCUUCUGGAAAGAGCACCAUUUCCAGGCCAUUGCCCUGGUGGAGAAGGCCCUGCAGACCACUUACAGUGCCAGUGCCCCCAGCAUGACCUCAGCCGCCCUGCGCUGGAUGUACCACCACUCCCAGCUGCAGGGAGCCCAUGGGGACGGUGUCAUCCUGGGCAUGUCCAGCCUGGAGCAGCUGGAGCAGAACUUGGCAGCGACUGAGGAAGGGCCCCUGGAGCCGGCUGUCGUGGAUGCCUUUGACCAAGCCUGGCACCUGGUUGCCCACCAGUGUCCCAACUACUUCCGCUAGGUCUGGUCCUGGCUCAAGCUGCCAAAGGCCUUUCUGCCACCUCUUCUUCUCUGUCUCUGGCCAGUCUGUGCCUUAAGCUGACUUCACAGUCUUUCCUGACUGUCGGGAUCCAUGCAUUGUUUUCCUAGUUCCUUCACACCAUGGAAGGGCUGAGGCUGAGUCCUGCUGGGUCCUUUGCUGUCUGAAUAAAGUAGGCACUUGACCUGGCUGUAGUCGAGGCCUGUGGUGAACCCC